CGCCUCUCAACUGCCAUCCCUAAUAGCGUGCACUACAAAAUUUAUUUUGUCCACGAGAACGCAAAAUACAAUGCAGAAAAUGAAAAAGAAAACAAAACCGAAACAGAAACCCACUCCCAUGGAUGUGGAGGAGAGUGAACCAGAGGAGGCGCACUCGGAUGAGCCGCAACCGGAGGAAGAUGAACCAAAUCCCUCGGAUGACGACGAUGAAAUGGACCUGGCCAACUUCAAAGCCACCUCCACUACCGCUGCUCCCGCAAAGAAACGCAAGAAAGGCAUCAUCUACAUAUCCAACAUACCCAAGCACAUGAAUGUGACACGGCUGCGGGAAAUCCUAGGCGAUUACGGAACCAUCGGCAGGGUUUAUCUGCAGCCGGAGAAGCUGUCAAGUGCCAAGGCGAAGAAGAACAAACGGAAACGUUAUAAUAUCCACUUCACCGAGGGCUGGGUGGAAUUCGAGUCGAAACGGGUGGCCAAACAGAUCGUUCCCCUGCUGAACAACAAGCAGAUCUCCACGCGCAAGAAGUCGCAAUUCUACGACUCGCUGUGGAGCAUGAAGUACCUGCCGCGCUUCAAGUGGGUCCAUCUAACCGAGCGAAUGAACUACGAGCAGGCGGUGCACAAGCAGCGGCUCCACACGGAGGUGUCGCAGGCCCGCAAGGAGACCACCUUCUUCCAGAACAAUCUCGACAAGAGCGAGUUCAUCAAGAAGCAGGCCAAGAGGGCCAAGAAAGCGGAGAAGGCUCUGGCUGCCAAGGGCGAAAGCGAGGCCUAAGCUCGCGCUAGACUGCUGCAUCCUAUGUUUACCUGAUUGCAAAUAUACUUAAAUUAAGUACAUCAAA